ACAGUUACAUCAAUACAGCCAUCGCCGAUAGCAAUUAAUCAAAUACGCCAAAACGCAACUCCUAUACAACAGUGUCGAGAUUACAGUUACAUCAGGCUAGUGUAGGACUUUCAUUACAGCCACAUGAGAAGAGCAAGGUGGUGGCAUUGAAAGACACGUCACCGUCAGCUGUGCAGCACCGCCACCAGUCACCACAGUCCCGCGCCGCCACUUGACGGAUGGUCUUACACCCGCCAACCAUCAACAUGUUGCUGAAACUAACAUUGUCGUGCCUGUUCCUGGCCUCACUCGCAUCAGCACAGCAAAGAGUAGCCCCCGGAGUGCCUAGCAACCAGUACCAGCAGCAGCAGCAGCCCCAGCGAGCCCAGGUGGCGCAGCAGGCAGGCCACUACCAGGCAGGUGCUCCAGGAGUGCCACCCCAGCAGUACCAGCAACCCCCGGGUGUCCCCCCACAGCAGUAUCAGCAGCAGCAGCAAUAUCAGCAGCCACAGCAGUAUCAGCAGCAACAACAGUUUCAGCAGCCACAGCAGCAACAAUUCCAACCACCACCACCGCCCCAGCAGCCGCAACAGCAACAGUUUCAGCAACCGCAGCAAGUACAGCAGCAGCCACAGAUGCAGCCACAUGGAGGAGGCGGCCACAACCAGCGUGUAUUGCACAACCCUAACCUGAGCAGUGAGCGUGACCACAUCAAGGACCACCUGGAGGUUCCCAUUGACACUGCCAGCAUGUCUGACCAAGAGCUGCAGUUCCAUUACUUCAAGAUGCAUGAUGCAGACAACAACAACAAGCUGGAUGGCCAAGAGCUUAUCAAAUCCCUCUUCCAUUGGCAUGACUCUGCUAACCAUGAAGGCAAAGCUGGCCAUCCACAGCCAGAGGAGAAGUUGUUCACUGAUAUUGAGCUGGUGAACAUGAUUGAUCCGAUACUUGAUCAAGACGACAAGAACAAGGACGGCUUCAUUGAUUACCCGGAGUUUGUGCAGGCUCAGCGUAAUGCUGCUGCUGCUGCUGCAUCCAACACCCAUGGCUAGAAUGGCAAGUGGUGGGAGGGCAACUAAGGCUGAGUGUGGUGGCAUGGGAGCUCCCUGAUUAGUGCUAUCCAGGCUCCCUUCCUUCCCAUCAUUAAGGAAUGCCUUCCAAGAUUCCUGCAUUAUAUAUGUGUAUGAGGAACAUGCUUGAUUUAUUGAAUUAUUGAACAUACUAGUGUUGCCCAUAUUAGUGCUCGCCCAAGAGGUUUUUGGGUCUCAGCAUAUUCAUGUCUUAAGUAUUUCCAGUUAACUUAUUUACUACAAAAAAUAUAUAUAAUUUCAUUGAACACAACGCACAUUUAAUACGCUUACACCUCAGUCUAAUGUUGUUUUCUGCAAAUAUUGACUUGAAAAGCAUGUUUUGAAAUAAUAAAUCAAGAACAGUGACAUUGAUGGGUGUGAGAAACACACUUACAUUGUCAAAAAAUGCAUCACAGGGACAGUGAUCUCCUAAGAACUGUGUUUCUAAAAUUGUGGUGGUGCUGGUGGCUACACCUGUGACUAAACUGUUAGGGAGCACCACCAGUGAUUUUUUCUGACAGGGAUGAUGUGGUGAGGGUGCUUUGAAUUUUUUUUUUUUUUUACAGAUCUGAGAAUUUGUUGCUGAAUGUUUUAUAUUCUUAUCUGCAUUUUGUUACAAUCAACUUAAUGACAGAAGCUUGUUGAUGUUACAAUAAGGUUAUGUUAUUACAUACAGUUUGUCCCUUUUCAGUUGGUACUGUGGGAACUUUAUUGAAGAAAAACAAUAAAGAUUUUGUUUAAGAAUUAUUAUGAUCUCUUUUGUGGAAGCUGAGCUGGGCAAGCUGUGUGAACCAAUGAGAAUUUGCAAGCUCAGUGUUGACUGGCUCUCAUAUUCUUACAACAAAGUCUUUAUUGUUUUUAGUAUUGUUCUACAUUGACUCCAUUGAUAGAACAUUUCAUCUUGUUUCAUAGAACCUGAUUGACAUCAAUUACCGAAAUAUUCAAGGAUAUCAUGAGAAAUAGAGAAUGAAUGCAAGUCCUUUUAGUAUUUCUGAAACAUGAAAUGUUUUAACUGCAAAGUCAUUGUGAACUAUGUUUAUGUAAAAAAAAAAAAUGUGUAUGCAGCAGCCAGUUAGUAUUUGGCUUGUAAAGCUCACUCAGGUUCAUGCUGUGUGCUCGGUGCUCUUCCACUGAAAAGAUAAUAUUUUAUAGUUGAAUUGUUUUGGUAAACGCAACAAAUAUUUAUUGCCUUAUGUUAGUGUGCUGGAGCAGUUGAGAGACAGUCACUUGAAGUUAUCACAAAUGUCUGCCUGGCAGUUUGCUUAAGAAGUGCAUUAGUACAAGGUGUGUGAAUGUACUAACAGACAAGUACAUAUGCAUGCAAGUGGACAGCACAGAAACCUGAAGACAUGGAGGCAUAAAAGUGGAGUUUCAUUCUGAUACAAAACAUAUUUAAUAAAACACCAUCACCUUCCUAUACAUUGUCAGUAAAACAGACAAUUGUUCUGUGGCCUCAAUACUUUUCCACUUGCCUCACUUUAUCUCCCAGAUUUGUUAGCCUUGAAGAAUGCACUUCAGUGUUUCAGGAAAAACUGAAUAGUCUUCCAUGCUGCAUUACAACACAUGAUCAAGAACUAAGUGUGAAUGAUGAAAUCGAACUGUGUGUGUGUGUGUGUGUGUGUGUGUGUGUGUGUGUGUGUGUGUACCCCAAUGAUGUGUUCUCUGUAUGGAGAUCUGUACGUACUGUAAAUUAAAGCUAAUUUCCUGCAGUAUAGUUAUAUAUAAAGGAGAGAGGCAUAUAAGAUUACUAACUUUCACUCCUAUAAAUGUGGAGUACUAUAUUCUCAAUUUAAAAGACAUCUGUAACAAUUGUCUGCUGUGAGUGUAGGAAAUAUUGAUAUAAAGUACUUGGCUACAUUCUGUGCUUCACUGAAGCAUGUGCAACAAGUCGAUCUAUCCCUGGGAAUGUGAGCAGUGCAUAAUCAGUGUUGCAGUGAAGCCUUCCUAUUAGUGCUCAUGAUGGUGGUUUGUGUCAGCACAUUUUCACAGAUAUCACUGUAUACUUAAUUCAUUGACAGUAACUAGUGAAGUACAAAAAAUUAUGCUACUUCACUGACGAUGGCCACUGAUUUUUGUUCCAUAAUGUACAUUGAAAAGGGUUCAUCACGUAUAGAUAAUAUUUAAUAUAGUAAUGUGCAAUUAUAUUUUGAGAUCAAUAGUAGUAAUUAGUAGUGAUGGGGUUAGGUUUUGUGAUCAAAUGUGCAAGAUAACUUACCGGAAGAAGCUGCGUGUUCUUUGUCUCACUACUACUAACUGGACGGCUGCUGUGUCUGAGGUUGCUGGGAUGAAAAAUUUUCUACUUUUCUUUGAAAUAAAAUAUAAAUUACA